AUGUACAAACGGAAGCGAAGAAAAACCACUCAAAUAAAAAUGGCUGACGACUCUAUGGAUCUUUUCGACACAACUCUAAAUGACAAUCCUCAACGAACGCCCCUCAGGUCUCUGAGCAAAAAUGUGACGCUAGCUCUGAAUACACAAGACACCGUAUUGAGCAUGUCGAUUCUCGAUCAGGUGAAGGAACGUCUCCGAUACAAUCAGAAGGUGCACGAAGCCACUCAAAUAUUCGUCGAGGAAUCCCAGAAUGCAUCGCUCUUGGGAGGAGCUGCUUGCGACGGGGACUUUUUCGGGCUGCCUUCAAAUGUCAAAGACAUCCUAUUCAAAGAACGAGGUAUCGGCUCCUUAUACGAUUGGCAGAAAGAGUGCUUAUCGCUUCCCGCUGUGGAACGUCGCCAGAACCUCAUAUACUCCUUACCCACAAGCGGCGGGAAGACUCUUGUCGCUGAGAUUUUAGCUUUUAAAGAACUCAUCGUCCAUCGGAGGAAUGUCCUCUUCAUUUUACCCUAUGUAUCAAUAGUGCAGGAGAAAGUCAGAGCGCUCGCGAAUCUUGGUAUUGAACUCGGAUUUUUAGUAGAAGAGUACGCUGGGAGCAUUGGCAAGAUACCCCCAGUCAAACGGAAGAAACGUCCGUCCAUUUACGUGGCCACCAUUGAGAAAGCCCAUUUCCUUAUUAAUGCAUUGGUUCGUACUCAACGCCUCGAAGAGUUGGGUCUUGUGAUAAUAGACGAGCUGCAUAUGAUCGGCGAUGGGAGCCAGAGAGGAGCCGGCCUCGAGGUUCUGCUCGUGAAACUGAAGAAAAUGUCGAAUGCUCAGUUGAUUGGUAUGAGUGCAACUAUAGGCAACAUCAACGAAGUUGCUGGAUUUCUGAAUGCCGAAAUAUAUCUGGGGAGUUUCCGUCCGGUUGAACUCAUUGAACACAUACUCGUCGAACGCACUGUGCUCGAGGUCACGAAGUCAUUCGAGUUGCGACUGAAACGCAAAUUGACUCGUCCAACAUCGGAGGAACAGGAAAAGUGCGAUCCAGACCAUGUGACGAUCCUCGUAGAAGAGUUGAUUCCGACUUCAUCAGUGCUCGUAUUUUGCCCAACGCGGAAAAACUGUGAGAGCGUUGCAUUGAACCUGUCGAGAUUCUUGAAACCCGAACUGAGGGAUUUUCGUGUAGAAAAUAAGAUUGGUCUUCUGAAAGCUCUGUCGGCUGAAGCCGGUCGUAUCUGCCCUGUUCUCCGGAAAACAAUACCUUUCGGCGUUGCCUAUCACCAUAGCGGAUUGACCAAUGACGAGCGAAAGCUCGUAGAGGAAGCUUACAUUGUUGGAACCUUAUCGUGUUUGUGCUGCACGUCAACAUUGGCUGCCGGCGUCAAUUUGCCUGCCAAACGUGUCAUCCUCAAGUCCCCUUAUGUCGGUGUCGAGUUUCUCACCUCAGCCCGCUAUAAGCAAAUGAUUGGGCGUGCUGGACGUGCCGGGCUCGACUCUUCCGGAGAGAGUAUCCUGAUUUGCAAGGCAUCAACGCGAAGUUCGGUUAUGAAGCUACUGCGUUCCCCGAUCGAACACUGCCGAUCGAGUGUUACUCUCGAAACACUUGAAGCGUUGGCGAUAUCGGUUGUGGGAAUGGGUGUCGUCACGAGUACGGCGGGGCUCGAAGACAUUUAUCGAGAAUCCCUCUUCUGUCAGCAGAACAGCGAAAGAGACGCGUCAGAACUCGUUCAUGAGGUGAUACAGAGCCUCGAGGCAGAAAAAUUGAUUUUCGUCGAUGAAAAGGGCAAACUCACGGCGAGCCCGCUUGGUAGAGCGAGUUUCAAAGGCGUUGUAGAACCUCAUAGAGUGACUUCCUUGCAUCGGGACCUUCGAAUGGCGAUGGCACAUUUAUCGCUUACCACACAUCUGCAUCUAAUUUACCUCAUCUCACCGAGCGACAUGGAACCUUCAAGGUUGGACGGGAUGCUGUACAUGGAUCUCUACAAUGAACUGACCGAAGAGGAUCGCCAGGUCGCUGAGACGAUUGGCAUUACCGAAAAUUUGGUCGUGCGGCUCAGGCUGAACAAACCCAUCAAAGAUCACGAACGGAAACUGCUCUCGAAGUUUUAUGUUACGCUCCAAUUGAACGCUCUCUGGAAGAAGCAGAAUGUUUGGCAGGUCGCUGACAGGUUUGAGGAACAUCGAGGCUCCGUGCAAAAUCUCUUGUCUAUGGCGACUGUGAACGCAAUGUCCAUAUCACAGUUUUGCAGCGAUCUUCCUGAAUUUUGGGCCCUGCGAGAUCUCCUACCGUCUUUCGUUAAUGAAUUGUCUCAUUGUUCUUCAAUGGAGCUCAUGAAGCUGAUGGAGCUCCCGGCCGUGAAACGAGGCCGAGCGAGGCAACUCUAUACCGCGGGCUACAGGAAGGUAUCUGAUAUCGCUAAAGCUGACCCGAAAGAGCUAGUAGAAAAGCUGGACCAUAUGCCUUGUAACGUUGCGGCUCAGAUCGUCGCCGCAGCUAAACAUUAUCUUCUCAAGAAAGCCGAAGAUCUCCAGGAAGAAGCCGACCAGGUUCUGCAAUCGUUUAUCACAGUUUGA